UAACCAAGCAUAAGUCAGACCAUUUCCCUCUUCUCUUUGAUUAUCAAAGACAAGAGCUCAGGUAUGUCUCAAACUUCAAAUUUUUGAAAAUGUGGUCAUACCACAAAGAUUGCUUCAAUUUUAUUAAAACUGUUUGGAGCAACCAAAUCUUUGGUUCACCUAUGCAAAUUCUUUGUAAAAAACUUAAGAUUUUGAAAGAUGAACUAAAGAUUUGGAACAAAAAUGUUUUUGGUAACAUACAAAAUCAAGUUUCAAAUGCUGUAAAUAAGCUUAAUGAGAUCCAACAAAAAAUUCAUGAUGAUGGUUACACUGAUUGUUUAAUGAGCCAAGAGAACUUAGCUAAAGUUGAGCUGGAAGCAGUUCUUAAUAUGGAAGAGGCAUAUUGGCAUGAAAAAGCAAGAGUUAAAUGGCAUAAUGAAGGGGAUAGAAACACUGCUUUCUUUCACCGGACCUGCAAAAUCAAACAAGCCUACAAGAGAAUUUCUGCUAUCAGGAUUGAUGAUGUGAUCACUACAGAACCUGAUCUUAUUACUAGUCAUGUGGUUAAUCACUUCCAAAACCUUUUCACUUGUGACAAUGCAAUUCUUGAUAAUGGUUUGAUUGAAGAGGUUAUCCCAGAAUUGGUUACUUUUGACAUAAACAGUAUGCUCACCUUACUUCCAUCUUUGUCUGAAAUCCAUAAUGCUGUGUUCUCUUUGAAUAAGGAUGGGGCACCUGGACCUGAUGGUUUUGGAGCAUUUUUCUUUCAAACUUAUUGGAACAUUGUUAAAGAUGAUGUUUCUAAUGCGGUAUUGGAAUUUUUUAGCACUAAUUGGCUCAUGCCUAAUUAUAACUCAAACACAGUGGUGCUCAUUCCUAAAGUCCAAAAUGCAGAUUCAAUUGGUCAGUAUAGACCAAUUGCUAUAGCAAAUUUCAAAUUCAAAAUCAUUUCAAAGAUCCUUGCGGAUAGAUUAGCUUUAAUUUUGCCUAAUAUCAUUUCAAAAGAACAAAGGGGGUUCAUCAAAGGGAGGCAAAUUAAGGAUUGUGUUUGUCUUACUUCUGAGGCCAUUAAUAUGCUGCACAACAAAGCUUAUGGAGGAAAUUUAGCCAUCAAAAUUGAUAUAGCCAAAGCAUUUGAUACUCUUGACUGGCAGUUCUUACUUAAAGUUCUGAAAACUUUUGGUUUUUGUGAAAAAUUUUGCAAUUGGAUUCAAACAAUUCUUCAUUCUGCAAAAUUGUCUAUAUCAAUCAAUGGAAAACAUGAAGGGUUCUUUAGUUGUGCCAGAGGUGUUAGGCAAGGUGAUCCUUUGUCUCCUUUGCUUUUUUGCAUAGCUGAAGAGGUUCUUAGCAGAGGUCUUUCUAAACUGGUGUCUGAAGAUAAGUUGAAGCCUCUCAAUGGAACUAGAAAUGUCUCCAUUCCUUCACACAUUUUAUAUGCUGAUGAUGUCAUGCUGUUUUGUAAAGGAACUUCAUCAAACAUUGAAGUGCUUUCCUCUUUUUUUGCUAGAUAUGCUCAGAUAUCAGGUCAAUACAUCAACCCUCAUAAGUCAACUAUCUUUGCAGGAUCAAUCACUCACACUAGGCUCACAAGCAUUGCUAGCUCUCUUGGUUUUUGCAUUGGAACCUUGCCUUUCAUGUAUUUAGGAGUCCCUAUUUUCAAAGGAAAGCCUAAGGCAGUUUACUUUCAACCACUUGUGGACAAGGUUAAGAUGAAGCUGGCUUCUUGGAAAGCAUCUCUUCUAACUUAUUCUGGCAGAAUCCAACUUGUUAAAAGUGUAAUUCAUAGUAUGUUGGUCUAUUCUAUAACCACUUAUUCUUGGCCAAUCUCUUUAAUCAAAAUGUUAGAGAGAUAUAUGAGAAACUUCAUUUGGAGUGGUGAUCUUCUUGUUAGAAAACUUGUUACAGUUUCUUGGAAUAAGAUGUGCAGUCCUAUUGAUGAAGGUGGAUUAGGCAUCAGAUCCCUUUCCAACCUUAACAAGGCUUCAAAUCUUAAAUUGUUUUGGGAACUCUUUAACUCAGACAAUCAAUGGGCCAAUUUAUUGAGAAGCAGGGUGGUUAGAAAAAAUGGAUUUAUUAAACAUCACAUUUACUCUUCUUUAUGGAGUGGGAUCAAGAAUCAGGAUCAUCUCAUCGCUCAAAAUACCAGAUGGCUUGUUGGUAAUGGUAAUAAUAUUAAUUUUUGGCGGCAUAAUUGGAGUGGAGUUCAAUUGGUUAACUUUUUACAAAUUCCUCAGCACUUACAUCAUUUUCUCCAUGCAAAGGUGUCAGAUUUCAUCUUAAAUCAUCAAUGGAUUGUUCCAUUAGACUUACAAGCUGCUUAUCCUACACUCUUACCAUAUCUCAAUCAAUUCACUAUUCCAUUAGAAGAUAAAGAGGACAAAUUGAUAUGGAUCCAUAAUGCUCAUGGCGAGCUCACCCUCAAAGAUGCAUACUCCUUUUUCACAACUUCAGGUCAAAAAGUUAGCUGGGCAAAAUCUCUUUGGAACAUAGCUAUUCCUCCUUCCAAGUCUUUUAUGGUUUGGAGAUUAUUCCAUCAUAAGAUGCCUACAGAUGAAAUUCUUGCUGCUAGAGGAAUACAGCUGCCUUCUAUGUGUUGUUUGUGCAACAAGGAUUCUGAAACUACCAACCAUCUGUUUCUCGAAUGUCAGUUUUCUCUUGCUUUAUGGAAUUGGUUGGCUGCUAUUAUUAAUCAUAGAAUUGAUGUCUCCUCUUCAUCAACUCUAUGGCAGGUCACAAGUGGUAAUUGGAACCCUCAAUGCAAAAUCACAAUUACUGUUGUUGUUAUUUAUAUAUUGAACUACAUUUGGCUUAGUAGAAACAAUUUGAGAUUCAAAAAUAUCAAGCCAAAUUUCAAUUCAAUUACCUCUUUGAUAAUUGCCAAUGUUUCAUUAGUUGGUAAUUGCUCUAGAUUGACUGCUGGUUCUUCUAUUACUGAUUUUGAAAUUUUGAAGUUUUUUAAGAUUGAAAUUCAUCAAUCUAGACCUGCUAAAAUUGUUGAAGUUUUGUGGUCUCCUCCACUAAAUGGAUGGUACAAAUGCAAUACUGACGGAACUUCAAUGGGAAAUCCAGGGCCAGCUGCUUGUGCUGGAGUUUUUCGAAAUUACAAGGGUGAGUUUCUUGGUUGUUUUGCAAAAAAUCUUGGAAUAGCUAAUGCUUUAUUUGCUGAAAUCAUGGGAGUUAUUAUAGCUAUUGAAUGUGCUUUUGAGAAAAAUUGGAAGCAGCUUUGGUUAGAAUGUGAUUCUAAGUUAGUUGUUUUAGCCUUCAAAUCCCCUCAUGUAAUUCCUUGGCAAUUAAAGAAUCGUUGGCUGAAUUGCAUCACAAAGAUAAAAAAUAUGAGUUUUUGUAUCUCUCAUAUUUAUAGGGAAGGGAACCACUGUGCUGAUAAACUUGCCUCUUUUGGUCUUGCUUUGAACGAUUAUACUUGGUGGAAUAUUUCUCCUAUCAUCAUUAGAGAGGAUCUUGAUAGAAAUAGGCUCGACCUCCCGUUUUUUAGAAUAUGUUAAUGUUGUUUGAGGGUUUGGUUUGGUCCCCCCUCUUUGUACUCCACUUUUCUUUUCUAUAAUUUAUUUUGAGUUUAAAAAAAAAA